CCGCACACAUUGCCCUUAGACGCAUCCAUAACAACAACCCCCACCUACAGCGCGCCCGAACAGUUCUCGUAUGUCCAUCGAGAAUUUAAAGACCUUUGACCCGUUCGCGGAAGCCGAUGCAGACACCGGUGAGAAGUCGCAGUCGCAGCAGGACUACAUUCAUAUCCGUAUCCAGCAACGUAAUGGCCGCAAGACCUUGACGACCGUGCAAGGUCUGCCGAAAAAAUUCGACCAAAAGAAGAUCCUCAAGGUCAUCAAGAAGAAGUUUGCCUGCAAUGGCACGAUCGUCGCCGAUACCGAGAUGGGCGAAGUGAUCCAGCUUCAGGGCGACCAGAGGAAAGACGUCCAGGAUUUCAUGACCGACAAGAAAGAAGGUCUGGGUCUCGACGUCAAGACUAUCAAGGUCCACGGAUUCUAGUGCCUGGCCACCGCGAUCCCUCCCCUCCGAGCCCUUCGUACGAUUGUCUCUGACACACUUUAUCUUGUGAAGUGUGAAUUCCAACUACUGAUGUUUAGGGAGGGACAAAAGAGACGUCAAUCGGGACAGGAGGUGGAUAUGCAAUUACCAAGGCUGCUGAAGGUUGGACGAGUGUGUCUUCGAGAAUGAACGAUGUCAACGGCUAG